UGUGCGGUCCAGUUGUGACGCAGCAGCCUGGAGGGAAGCAGCGUGCGACAUUGUCCUGCCUACCCAGACAGAGCUUGUGUAUCUUGUGUCUCCACGGGAAUACCACAGAAAGGACCAUCCACCAUGUCGGCAGUUACGGAGGUUCAGAACACCACAACUGAGGCCCUGGCCGCCCUGCUAGACGGGGGUGAAGACGCCCUGGUAACACUAGUGGCGGGCGAGACGAGGGUGGCGGCUCACAGGGCGGUGUUGGCGGCCGCGAGCCCAGUGUUCAAAGCUAUGUUCGCGCACAACAUGCUGGAAGCCAGCUGCGGCCAGGUGAGCAUCGACGACGUGGAGGGCCCGGUGCUCAGGCUCCUGGUGGCCUACACAUAUACCCUGCAGGCCCCCCAGCUGCCCGACACGGCCCCCCAGCUGCUGGCGGCGGCCGACAAGUACGGCUUGUCGGCCCUGAAGGCUGCCUGCGAGCGGCAGCUGAUCUUGCAGUUGGCCGUCGAGACCGCAGCGGCGACGGCCGUCAGGGCUGUGAGGCACUCGUGCCCGGACGCCACCAGGGCUGCCGUCGCCUUCAUAAAGGACCACCCGCAGGUGAUGGCCACACGGGGCUGGGCAGACGCUGUGCUCGAGUACCCGCAAGAGGUGAUUGAAGUCAGCAGAAUGCUCGGUGAGCCACCAGCAGAAGCCAGCUCGGCGACCGCCACAGGGGGCGGGUCCACCCCCAACUCUGACCGUCAACCCCGAAGUGGCCACAGCCAGACUCCUGCUGUAGCUGCCCCUCCACCUGAUGACGCAGCCGUCUCGCGCUUCCGGAGCCUUUCUGAGGAGGAGCGAGGCAGGAGGCUGAGAGAGGCGGCUGAGAAGGGGGUGGUGGAGGAGGUGCGAGCGUUGCUCGCGGCUGGGGCGGACGUGAGGGCGAGGGGCGGGGUCUGGGGGACCGCCCUGCACUGGGCUGCAGGGAGAGGCCGCACGGCUGUGGUGCGGCUGCUGCUCUCUGCGGCGUCCGACCCCAACGCCAGGACUCUGCUGGGGCAGACGCCGCUGCACUUCGCGGCAUGGUAUGGCCACGCAGAAGCGGCGGCUGCGUUGCUGCAGGCCGGAGCCGACAGGGGGGUGAGGACUGAUAAGGGGAACACCCCCCUGGACAUCGCCAGGCAGUGCAACCAUCACCAGCUCGUCGAGAUGCUAACAGAGCGUUAAUACGUGCCACUAGAGGAAAUGACAUCAUUUACUUCAUUAUACAUAAUAUUAAAAUAAAAAACUGA